AUGAAGAAAGCAGUCGAUUCCUUUUUAACCAAUCAUCAUUCGACGUUUCGCAAGUCAAAUCUUCAGAAUGUUGGUGAGAAAUUCGAUACUCCAAAAGUAUUCAACUGUUUUCAAAAAUUAAAAAAAGUGAAUCUAAAUUAUAAAUUGAAUGAAGUCACCACUGAGAUUCGUCAAAUAACUUUGUAUUGCAUUGGACCAUUGGACAUCCAAAUUACUAUUAGUGUUCAUGGCGCUAAAGUGGUAAGUGCUUCUCGCGCUGCACUAGUUGUUGGGCUUUGUGGUCUCGUGCAAGCUGCGUUCUCCGCUGCACAGCAUCGUUCUUAUAUCCAUUUAACAGGACAGGAAUAUAGCUCAUUACUUAUUCAUAUCCUUGUGCAAACAGUUCUUUCUUUCAUUGUUGUCUGCAUUAGUCUCGUUGGUCUCGCUGGGAAUCUAAGGGAGAUAGAGGCUGCUGCAGAGUUCAGGGAGAAGUUCCAUCAAUCGUUUGAUAUAUUUUUAGGACCUGGGAUUAACUUGGAAAUAGACCUUCCUUUUACAUUUUUCAUCACCGCAAAGCUCCCUUGUCGACUAAUCCCACCCUCUAAUUCAGUAAUCACAAUGUCUACCAAUCCUAUUGUUCUUACCCUUGGACACACUGAAGCAGUCACAACUUUGCCACUUUCUGAUCAUCUGCUGGCAUCUGGAAAUGCGGAUAGCAAUACUUAUUUCUGGUCUCUGGAUCAAAGUCCUUGUCCCCAUUCGAGAUCGGUUCGCCGAGCAGAUUGCCCGGUUGUUUCUUAUCCCUACGCCAGUGUCAUUCAGUCGGGAUCGCCAGCGUCGUAA